AUGGCACUUCCAUUCGAGAUAAUAACCGAGAUAUUUUUGCGAGCACCCGUGAAAUCAUUUUACAGAGCCAAAACGGUGUGUAAGCUUUGGUUUGGUUUGUUUGCUCAAUCUGUCCUCGCGAAAAUGCACUAUGACCUAGCAGUAGACCAAAAUAGAAUCGCGAAAAAAAUUAUGUUCUUUUCAUGUUUCGUAAAUGAAAUACUAUCAGUAGACGUAACAAAGCCUCUUGUUGCUCUAGACGCCACUUGCAUUCUUCGGUCCCCAUUGGGCAACUCCAUUCGGUACAGUAAAAUCGUUGGUACAUGUAGGGGAAUGGUACUAAUUUCGGUGCCUACUUUGAUGUUGAUAUGGAAUCCCUCUACUGGAUUUACUCGUUCAUUUUGUCCAUGGUCAGCUACUACAAUAUCUAUAUGUGGGGAUGUAUUUGAUAUGAACUUGUAUGGAUUUGGUUAUGACCGAUCUGAAGACAAUUAUGUUGUCCUUCAAAUUUAUCUUAGUAAACGUGAUACAUCCCAUCACACUUUGCUGUAUUCUGUCAAUGAUGAUUCAUGGAGGGAUUUCGAACAUGACUCCCUUUCCACCAUUACACACCCUUCUGUUUCUGUUCAUCAGGGAUCUAUGGGACUGUAUUUUGCAGAUUCUCUUCACUGGAUUACUUUCAACUAUGAAACAAAUGCUGAUUUUAUUUUGGCUUAUAAUUUAUUUGAGUCAAAAUUUUAUCAACUAAGUAUUCCGGAUGAUUGGGACUACACGGUGGACAUAUGGGAAAUGAAGGAAUAUGGUGUCACAACUUCUUGGUCUAAGUUAACAUGUAUGCAGGUCAGUAAUCACAUUUCAGAAUAUAUGUUACCCGCCUGUUCUUCAGAGAAUUCCCUUGUAUUUGUCAACAAUGAAAGCGGACUUUUGGCCACAUGA